CGACCCUAAACUCCACUGAGCAAGGCCCUCAGCAGACCCUUGCCACAGCAGUUUCCCGACAGGAGAUCCCGACGUUCUGGGCGCAGCAGUGCAUUGGCUCACGCCAGGGUCGUGACCAUCGGGAGCCCCUGCGCAUCUGGGGUCGCGACGGCAUUCUCCAUCUCCUGCACACCUUCACCACACUACCUACAUAUCCGACCCAUCAACCUUCGGCACACCCCGUCGCGAGUCCGGCCCCAGACCCGGCCGACACAGGCAACGGAUGACUUUCCGCGAUUUCUCGACGCGUCCCACCCCGAUAAGGUACCGACGCCGCAAUUGAAGGGAGGGCUCACGACCCCCCACAGUCGCCUGGCCGCCCCGAGUUGGCGCGGCACAGCAUCGUUCCAAGUGCACCAGGACCUGCCGGUCGCCGAAACACCAUGCCAAAAAAGCGACGCAGCAAUGCCGGCGAUGACGCGCCCAACGGCGCCUCGGCGCCCAAGGUGAAACUGCCGCGUCUCGAGCGCGCACCCGAGGACUUCUCGAACGUGGUCAAGAGCAAGCUGCAGUCGUACACGCGCACGGGGCAGGCGUGUGAUCGGUGCAAGGUGCGCAAGAUCCGCUGCGACGCCCUCCCGGAGGGCUGCUCGCACUGCGCCUCGCAGAACCUCGAGUGCUAUGUCACAGACCGUGUCACCGGCCGCACCGAGCGCAGAGGAUACCUUCAGCAACUCGAGCGUGAAAAGGGCGCCAUGCUCGUCCAUAUUCGGGAGCUCGAGAAGUUGCUGGAGAACAACGGCGUCGAAGUGAGGCCGUGGCAGUGGCCGGGAUACACCACCACCUACCCUCCCGGCGUCACGUCCGACGCCCUUGGCAACCCGGUCCAGGAUCCGUCUUCCAAGGACCAAUGGCACCAGGUCGGCCUGGUAUGGGUCAAGAACGGCGGGCAGAAGGGGUCGUCGAACGCUCGCGCUUACACUCCAUGGUCCCUGCCUGCCCCCAGACCGACGGACAGCUACCUGGGAGUGUCUUCAGAUACUGCGCCGCUGAGCUCCAUCAAAGGCACGAUGCUGUCCAUCCUGGGGGCGACGAUCGACUUGACGUCCUUUGACGCCCCGGAUAUGGACGAGCCUCCGCCGGGAACGCCCAUCGGCUCACCCCUGUACAACAAGUCCGUCAUGGCCUUCCUGCAGUCCGCCCUCAACGUCAAUCCUCCGCUAGGCAACGUUGAACUGCCGGCCAAGAAAGAUGCCUUUACAUACGCCGAGUGGUACUUCCGCAUGGUCUCGCCCUUCCUUCCCAUACUCCACAAGCCAUCUUUCCUCCAGCUUUUGACUCGCAUCUACGACGACCCAACAUUCAAGCCUACGGUGCCCGAGCUGGUCAUCGUCCACAUGGUCUUCGCCACCAUCUACUUCCAGUACGGCAUCAGGAAUCUCGAGCAGCCGGAGAAGUCCGCGCAGCUUAACGAGCUAUCGAACAAACACUACCAUUGGAGCCUGAGUAAGUUCUUCGACCUCGCCGCCUCCCAGUCGGUGACGGCGGUCCAGGCGCUGGCCAUGAUCGUGUCGCAUACCCGCAACUUUCCCAAGCCGGGGUGCUCUGUGGCCGUCGCCAGCGUCGCCUUCGGGAAGGCGCUCGAGAUGAAUCUGCACAGGGCCGUCCAGGUGCCGGGCGGCGGGACGACGCUGGAGAACGAGGUGCGCAAGCGCGUCUGGUGGGCCGUCCUUGCCAUUUUGUGCACUCUGAACGGCCGGCUCGGGAGGCCCAUGCCCAUCUCGGCGGACGAGUUCGACGUUGAUUUUCCGAUCGCCAUCAACGACGAGUACAUCGGCGAGGAAGGCAUUCUGGAUCCGUCCAAGAUUGGCCAUUGCAACUUCCAGGCCGGGCUCACGGGCUUCAAAAUCGCUCCCUUGUUCAUGGAAAUGUACUCCAAGAUCUACAGCGUGCGCCGGGACCCCAGCAGAUACACCGAGGUGGUCAACCGCUUGGACGCGGCAUUGCAAGACCUGAUGGACAACCUGCCCGACGAACUCAGGAUAGAGAAAUGUCAGCCGGCGACCCAGGUGUUCGCGCUUUACACGCAGGCCUUCUGUCUCGAGUUUAGGCUGUGUCUGCGACACCCCUCCGUGUGUCUUUCGGAUGAUCCUAAGACAUGCGCCGAGAACACAAGGGUCUGCGAAGACACGGCACGGAAGCUUCUCAAGGUGGUCGCGGCGCUGUUGAAGAUGAAGUCGUUGGACACGACGUGGUAUCAGCUAUCGGUGUAUGUUGCGGCAAUCUUCUCGACCCUCGUUGCACACUGGCAGCGGCGCUUCAAUACGACUACGUUCGAGGUUGCGAAGCUUCGGGAAGAGAUGUCAUUGUGGCUAACCGUCAUCGGAGAGAUUGGGAGACUCCUUGGUAAGCCUUUAUCCGCCGCUUCGGCCAGUCUCCUCUGCUUUGUCUUGCUUUCAUCACUAACGCCCCAGGUAGGUACCGGCAAUCGGCUUACGGCCGAGAUCGGUGCCAUCAUCGAACGGACAAUCAGCUGGAUAGAACAAGACAGGGGCCGGAAGCCCGGCUCGUCCGGGAGUCAAGGCUCGCUGAAAGCGUCGUCGUCAUCAGCGGCGUACCAGCAGCCCCCCGACGCAGCAAAGCAGGACGCAGAAGGCCAACUUGGGCCGGGCAGCGCAGGCACGGCGGGGUCCGACCAACGCAGCGCCGGCACGACGAACGGCAACGGCGGUUAUUACGACCCUGGUGCGGCGGGGCCGGCAGGUCCGUACUCGUCGCUCGGGUAUAACGACCAGUCCUCCGGGGGAGCCAGCGUCAACGCGAACGCGAACGGGGCAGGCGACUCGGCGGACGGGGCACACUAUCUCUACGCCGCGGCAUCCGCCGCAUCAGCGGCGGCGGCGCCAAACACGGCGACGGCAGCGGCGGCGGCGGCGGAGCAGGCGGCGGCAGCACAGAACCCCCUCAUCGCAUUUGCCUCGCAAGCCACACAGCACGUGGCGGGGCAGGCGGCGGAAAACUGGUCAGCGCAGACGCAGCUGAUGGCGCAAAACGCAGCGCCGAACACGUGGCAGGCCUGGACCAACGCAAUCCAGGACAGCCAGGAUCGGUACAGCGCCAACGCACUGCUCACACUCGGGUCGGGGCGGCCGGGCGACGUCGGAGCGGGGCCCGUCGUCGACCACGUCAACCAGGCAGACGCCCUGGUGAAUCCGAAUGCCGGGCAGUGGCCGAUGCUCCUGUUUCACGACGGGUCGGGAGGCGUGAGCGGUUCUUGAGGGCGAAUGGCGACUCUGCUUGCUCUCUUUCUCCCUACGUGCAUUCGAAUUGGGCUGGUGUUUGAUACCAAUGGUGUGCAGGUUUCGUUCAGCCGAGUCUGGGUGUGUUUUUCCUAUGGGACUACGACUCGGUGAUGGAGCCGCGUUCGGCGUGCUCUGGA